CACACACACAUAAACUCACACACACUCGAGUCUCUGCUGCGGCUCAUUCUGCGCUCGAUCAUCACACAGCAGCGCAUCUGUUGGUGAAGAUGAUUCCUCCUGGAGACUGUCUGUACGCUGGGAGGAAGAGGAGGAAACCCGUCCAGAAGCAAAAACCAGCAGCAGUGACGGAGAAAUCGAACCCGUCGAAGCGGCACCGUGACCGUCUGAACACUGAGCUGGAGCGACUGGCCAGCCUGCUGCCCUUCUCCCCCGAGAUCAUCUCCAAACUGGACAAACUGUCUGUCCUGCGCCUGAGCGUCAGCUACCUGCGGGUCAAGAGCUUCUUCAGCGCUGCUCAGGAAAACCCUCGUGAGAAACACGUGAACGGGAAAGAGUGCGACACGACAGCCAGCGGUGUCCCUGAGAGCCAGCUGCUGCUAGAGUCUUUAGCAGGUUUUGCGCUGGUCGUCAGCAGUGAUGGGAUGGUCUUCUACGCCUCCUCCACCAUAGUCGACUAUCUGGGCUUCCACCAGACGGAUGUGAUGCAUCAGAACGUGUUCGACUACAUUCACGUGGACGACCGGCAGGAGUUCAGACGGCAGCUGCACUGGGCCAUGAACCCUUCGGCUCAAAGCGGCUCGGGUGAAGAUCUUGUGGUCAGCAGUUUGUUUCAGUCUGAGACGGGCGACGUUCCUCCAGAGUUCUCCUGCUUCCUAAACCGCUGCUUUAUCCUGCGCUUCCGCUGCUUACUGGACAGCACCUCCGGAUUCCUGACGAUGCAGUUUCAGGGAAGACUGAAGUUCCUUCAGGGUCAGAGGAAGAAGACGGCGUCCGGAGCGCUCCUGCGUCCUCAGCUGGCGCUGUUCUGUGUCGUUGUGCCUCUGCUCCUGCCCUCCAUCACCGAGAUGAAGAUGAAGAGCGGCGUGAUGAAGGGCAAACACAGGAACCUCGGCGUUCUCACCUCGUUAGAUCACAAUGACAGAGACGAUCCUCUCAGACCUCUCGCGCUUCUGAGGCCACAUAUGAGCGAAGACAACGUCAAGUACAGGAACGAAGGUCCCUACGAUCCAGACGAGCCUCUGAACUUCUGCAGGUCGAGCGGUCAGAACCUGGACUGCGGCACGUGGCCCGUGAGAAGCUCCGGCGCUCGGCUCUGCAAACACACGCACUACGGUAAACCGUAUCGAUCGGCCCCUGGAUAUUACAGUAACAGAGCUGAGGCGUACGGGAGCGCCGCGCACGACGACUACAGCACAGACAGCAUCAAGAGCGAGAACUUCUGCUACGAAGAUCCCGGCGAGGGAUACGACACACACGUGAUGAUCGAGCCGCUCAUAAAGCUGGAGCAAGACUCAGACGCGGAGAACGGCUGCGGACGUCCCUGGAUGGAUCUCGAGCGUUUCCCGAACGGCACGCAGAUGAAAGCGGAGGGUGGAUACGGCGAGCAGUACUCCUCCUGCCAGAGGCUGAAGGGAACGACGUACAGCAGUCAUUAUACCUCUAACGCUUACGGCGGGGCACGACCGCUCAAGUGCGUCCUGAACAGAGAAGCAGUGAACUCUCAGUGUGUGGACGCCUACGCUGCUGACUACAGAGGGUACGUACAGCACGACUACAAAACGGGUUACGAGGUCAGAGGUCACGGGCUGCUUCACUGCAUCAAACAGGAGCCCGUCGACGCUCCGCUGUGGCACGACAUCCACAGCACCGGCCAGAGGAACAACACGAGCUGUGCCAAGAUCAACCCGUGCGUCUUCAUGCAGUAGCGCUUCACUUUCAUUCUGCCAUUUAUUCAGUUUGAAUCUGGACACUCAUGUGCUGCGUUUCAAACCCACAAUCAUCUUGUUGCUGGCACACACACAAACACACAACACUGCAAAACAUGAUGUUCUUCCUCAGGAUUUCUGCCUUGUUUUUCAGCACAAAUAUCCAAACAUCCUUAAAUCCAGAUACAUUUACUGGAGAUGCAAAAUGACUUGAUAUAUGUGUCCCUGGAGCACAAAAGCAGUGUUAA